CGACUAUCAUACAAUGGUUUGUCUUCUGUUUGCAUUCUUCGUGGCAUUCUGCCGGUUUCAGUGAUCUCAUGGAAUGCACAUGGGAUUUCUCUGCAAGAACAUUUUGCACUCGACCGCUCUCUUACGCAGACCGGAGUUCAACGCGGGUCCAUUUGAAUGAAUUUUAUGGAGAAAUCCAACCUUUUUCCAUGAACUGUACAUCAUGGGAUUUGGGUGUGAUGCAAGGUGACUGGAUUGAUGCCGUACUGAAUGGGAAAGAUGUGGAUACCUUUGUUGAUCUGGAUGCUGCACCUCAUGAUUCUUACAGAAGGCCAAGAUAACACAAGACGAAGCUCCUCUGUGAGCAGGGUCUGUCCUGCAGGUUGCGUGUCAUGCUCUGCCCUGAACGGCUGUCUGUCCUGCAAACCUCGCCUCUUCUUCCACUUGGAGCUGGAUGGGAUGCGGCAGAGGGGCUCCUGCCUGUCCUCCUGUCCCCAAGGUCACUAUGGCAGGCGCUUUCCACACAUCAGCACCUGCACAAGGUGCAAGGACGAGUGCGCUUCCUGUUUCAGUGAACAUUUCUGCACUCAUUGUCACCCGGGUCACUUCCUGUUCGGGGGGAAAUGUGGAGACAGCUGUCCAAUCGGGUUCACUGCGAACACGGUGCUCUGUGAAUGCACAGUGUCAGAGUGCUGUACAGGCUGUGAGGUGUGUGUAAGGAGGAACAUGUGUGUGAGGUGUAGAGCAGACCUAUACUUUCUCCACGGCCAAUGUCAUCUCACCUGCCCCAAAGGAUUUGAGCCGGAUGUGCAGCUUAUGCAAUGCACCCCCCAAGUCCACUGCGAGGUUGGAGGAUGGACAAAUUGGGGUCCAUGUAUUCGGAGAAGCAGCGCGCGGCCCUACAGGAGGGGACAGGAGACGCGUGACCGACAAGUUCUGAAGUCUCCGAGUGUCUCCGGUGACCCCUGCCCCCCCGUGUCACAGAUCAGGAAGUGUGUCAACAGAAAGAGACCAAAGAGUCCAAUAUGGCAGGCUGUGGAGGAGUGGACUGUUCAAUUGAUGCUUUGGCUCCUUCCAAGCUGAUGGAGGAAGUGGGAGAUAGUUGUGCUGCAGACCCUUCCAGCUCCUCCAUCGUCAACCCGGAGUGUUCCAUCUGCCUGCAGAGCUGCGUCCACCCUGUGCGCCUCCCAUGCUUCCAUGUCUUCUGCUACCUGUGUGUCAAAGGUGCCUCCUGGCAGAGUAAACGCUGUGCUCUCUGCCGACAGGAAGUCCCAGAAGACUUUCUGGAGCGUCCAGUUCUCCUCUCACCUGAAGAACUGAAAGCAGCAGCUUCAGGGGUGAGCCAAGCUGGGGGGGCUGGGGGCGGCUCCCGUGGAGACUAUGCGUGGUACUAUGAGGGACGCAACGGCUGGUGGCAGUAUGAUGAGAGGACCACUCGUGAGUUGGAGGAGGCUUUCGCUAAGGCGAAGAAGAGCACAGAGAUGCUAAUUGCGGGGUUUCUUUACGUGGCAGACCUGGAGAACAUGGUGCAAUAUCGCCGGAAUGAGCAUGGCCGCAGACGCAAGAUAAAGCGGGACAUUGUAGAUAUCCCCAAGAAGGGAGUUGCAGGACUACGGUUAGACCCCGAACCUGCCCCCAUUGCUACUGUACCAGUUGUCCCCCCAGCUGCAACAGAACGUAUCAGCUCAGCUGAUGGAUCGGACACUGAUGGCCCAUCACAGUCUUCUUCCUUUGGGAUUAUGGCAUCUAUUCCUCCUGUUAGACCUCCAACACUCCUGGGGCACCAUCUUACCAGUCCCCUUCUUGCCUCCUUACCAAGCGUGGAAGAGUCUUUAUCCCAGCUCCUUAUCAGCCAGCCAGAGGGUGAAGACGUGGAAGAAGAUGCUGAGCUACAGGUGUAUGAGUAUGCAUCCGGCAAUAGUGACAGUGAGGAAGAAAGGGAGUGCGAGAGAGCAGAAUCUAUACCUAGACAUAGGCAAAGACCGCUAAGAGAGAACCAGCCAGCCAGGAUGCCUCCGAGGGGGGGGCCUUCGAGCUCUGCAAUCAGUCUGCGAUCACGUAGUCCUGAUGGACAGUGCACUGUCACAGAGGUGUGACUGGUUUCUGUAAACUUUUCUCUGAAACUAUUAUCAGGUUGGCAAAAAAAUUCUCAAAACUAAUAUGCAUCAUUAAGGGUCCCAAGAAUGAAGAAACUUUAUUGUGUUGUGAUUUGUGUUAUUGGGUGUAUUUUGCCCCAUCAAUCGCGUGCCAAAUAAAAUACGAAAUGUAUUUUACUUAUUUUUUAUAACAAAACAUUAUUUGGUCAUUGAAAAUUACUUCAUCCAAUUGAUUGUAAUAUUAGUUUUCCCUGCAGGUCUAUAGAGGUAACUAGCAGUAGCAGCAAUAACAUAGUUCACAGCAGUGUUCUUAGAUGUUAGUUUGAUAAAAAAUAACCGUAACAGCUCUUCAUUACCUAACAUCUGGGAUAAACCCAUGCCCACCUUUUUGUUGUUUAACAUUUUGUUUUCAAAUAGACGGCUAGCAAAACAGAAGUUAUUAGUUAUAAACUGUGUACUUUCCCUAUGCCGAUUAACUGCUGGUUUACCGGAAUAUGAACACUACAUCCACUUCAGUCAUUUAUUUAAAAACUUCAGAAUCAUCAGAAUGGAGUCCUUUAGAGUACAGCGAUCUGGCAAUAUUCUGGGCUGUACUGCUACAUGCAGAAGGUUGUACAUUUAUUGAAUUCCUUUUGAAUGGGAUGCUGUCAAACGAUCUGUAUUUGUGAUGGGAGGGAGUGCGGCUGAAUGCCGUGAAAUUUGAUUACAAUUCAAUGAAAUAAGCAUACCUUUCUAUGUGCGUUUCCCCCCAAAUACUUUCACUGUUACAAUAUUUGUAUUAGUUUUUACUGUGCAAGCUUAACCCUUAUGACAACAUUAUAGCCAUUUCAAGAGACCUUUCAAACAUGACUAAAAGCCUCUUGUCAAAGGACUUCCAACGCUAGUUUCAGACAGCAAUAUCCUGUAUACUGGCAGUUAAACUCUCCUCAACAUGUUAUAAUGAAGCAUAACAGUCUUGUUUUAGUGAUAAAAAGGGGUGAUUAACUUUGGCAACUUUUUGGUCAAUGUUGUCCAAAAACUACCAUCUGUCACUGCCUUUACAUCAGUUUGUGAAUGCAGUAUGUGAAAUGUAACAAAUGUCUUUUUUUUCCUCUGAUCUUUUGAUUUCAUGGUUGAUUGAUAUUUGUAUAAUGUUAUUUUUCUUUCUCUUUGUAAUGAUGUGAACAUCUUAAAUGUAGCAGCUUACAGUUACAGAGGCUUAAAACUGCCUUUUCCUGCUUUUAUUAGUAGGAACAGAUUCAUAUUUAAACUGGAGUUUGCUGUGUGUAUAUGUUAAAGACCUUAUUCCCCCUAUUUUAGUGUGAAAGUCUUGUUUGAGUUAUGACAUCUGUGUUGUUGUGAGAGGGGUUGGGUGCUGAAAAGCUACUGGCAAAACCACUGGAAAGUGUUGAGCUAUAUAUGUAGAGACACAUUUGGAUUUCUAUUUCUCGUCAUAGUACUCUGGAUACACCCUGGGACACUAUCAGAGCGCUGGCACUGACAUGUUCUGGGAUGGUCUUUAGCUGUCCUCACUCCCUCUGAUUCUUCCCUUUCUGCCUCAGCUGCUAUUAAUUUUAACUGUCAACUUUUCACUGUUUGUGUCUCACUGUCUGAAUGACCCAAUAGAAACUUCCAUACUUGUGCUGUUUUGUGAAGUUAUUAAAUAUAUAUCAUUUAAAAUCAUA